GCGGGCCGCGGGCUCCGUGUCCCGGCCCCGCGUGAGCGCGCGCGCCCAGCCCGAGCCGCCAGGGCCGCGACCUGAGCGGAGAGGAGCGGGAGCGCUCUGCCCCGCCCGGGAGUCCCCGCCCGGGAGUCCCCGCCGGGCCUCCGAGCCGGAGUUUCAUUUUAGCUGGUGGUUUGCAUCAUUAUAGAGAACACUGAACUUUGGAAAAGAUGUUGGAAACCAUAGAUAAAAACCGUGCCCUGCAGGCAGCAGAGCGCUUGCAAAGCAAGCUGAAGGAACGUGGGGAUGUUGCAAAUGAAGACAAACUGAGUCUCCUCAAGUCUGUCCUGCAGAGUCCACUCUUCAGUCAGAUUCUGAACCUUCAGACUUCCCUGCAACAGCUUAAAGACCAGGUAAGCAUUGCUACUUUGGCAACUACAAAUGCUGACCAUGCCCACACACCUCAGCUCAGCUCUGCUAAUCUGCAAAGUGAAGCACUUUUGCUGUCUCCAAAUAAUGGGAACUUGGAAGCAAUUUCUGGACCACCUGUCAUGGAUGGGAAGCCUGCUUGUGAUGAACUUGAUCAGCUCAUCAAAAACAUGGCCCAGGGUCGCCAUGUGGAAGUAUUUGAGCUGCUCAAGCCUCCAUGUGGAGGCCUUGGGUUUAGUGUUGUUGGGCUCAGAAGUGAAAACAGGGGAGAGCUGGGGAUAUUUGUACAGGAGAUUCAAGAGGGCAGUGUGGCCCACAGAGAUGGCAGACUGAAGGAGACUGACCAGAUCCUAGCCAUCAAUGGCCAGGCCCUGGAUCAGACAAUCACACACCAGCAGGCCAUCAGUAUCCUGCAGAAGGCCAAAGACACUGUACAGCUGGUUAUCACCAGAGGCUCCUUGCCUCAGAUCUCCAGCCCCCAAAUUUCCCGCUCUCCCUCUGCGGCCAGUACAAUUUCAGCCCAUUCAAAUCCCAUUCACUGGCAGCACGUGGAAACUAUAGAACUGGUAAAUGAUGGAUCCGGUCUGGGAUUUGGCAUCAUAGGAGGAAAAGCAACUGGUGUGAUAGUCAAGACCAUUCUGCCUGGAGGAGUAGCAGACCAGCAUGGGCGAUUGUGCAGUGGAGACCACAUUCUAAAGAUUGGUGACACUGACCUGGCAGGCAUGAGCAGUGAACAAGUAGCACAAGUCCUUAGGCAGUGUGGAAAUAGAGUUAAGCUGAUGAUUGCUAGAGGUGCUAUAGAAGAGUCUGCAGCACCCUCCUCUUUGGCCAUCACCCUUUCUUCUUCCCCAUCUUCUGUACCAGAGAUGCGAGUUGAUGCAUCUACUCAGAAAAGUGAAGAAAGUGAGACAUUUGAUGUGGAACUCACUAAAAAUGUUCAAGGAUUAGGAAUUACCAUUGCUGGUUAUAUUGGAGAAAAAAAAUUAGAACCUUCAGGAAUCUUUGUGAAAAGCAUUACAAAAAGCAGUGCUGUGGAACAUGAUGGAAGAAUCCAAAUUGGAGACCAAAUUAUAGCAGUCGAUGGUACUAACCUUCAGGGUUUCACCAAUCAACAAGCAGUAGAGGUGUUACGUCAUACAGGACAGACAGUGCGCCUGACACUGAUGAGGAAGGGAACAAGACAGGAAGCGGAGAUCACAUCCAGAGAAGACACCUCAAAAGAUGUGGACCUCCCACCUGAAAAUCAUGAAAAAGAUGAAGAAUCUUUAUCAUUGAGAAGAAAUGCCAGCAUACUGCCAAUUGAAGAAGAAGGGUAUCCUUUGUUGUCAGCUGAGCUGGAAGAAGCUGAAGAUGUGCAGCAAGAGGCUGCUCUGCUAACAAAGUGGCAGCGGAUUAUGGGAAAUAAUUAUGAAAUAGUGGUGGCUCACGUGAACAAGUUUAGUGAGAACAGUGGGCUGGGGAUCAGUCUGGAAGCGACCGUGGGCCACCACUUCAUCCGCUCUGUUCUACCGGAAGGCCCCGUGGGACACAGUGGGAAGCUCUUCAGUGGAGAUGAACUACUGGAAGUGAAUGGUAUAAAUUUGCUUGGGGAAAAUCAUCAAGAUGUGGUCAAUAUUUUAAAAGAAUUGCCUAUAGAUGUGACAAUGGUGUGCUGCCGUCGAUCUGGGCCACCCAGUACCUCAUCAGAAUUGGAUAGCCUGGAUAUAGCUGAUCUUGAACUAACAGAAAAGCCUCAUAUCGAUCUAGGAGAGUUCAUCGGGUCCUCCGAGACAGAGGAUACCAUGCUGGCCAUGCCUGAUGUGGAUCAGAAUGUGGAGGAGGUCCAAACACCACUGGCCAUGUGGGAGGCUGGCAUUCAGUGCAUAGAGCUGGAGAAAGGAAACAGAGGCCUUGGCUUCAGCAUUUUAGACUAUCAGGACCCCAUCGACCCAGCAAGCACCGUGAUAGUCAUUCGUUCUCUGGUACCUGGUGGCAUUGCUGAAAAGGAUGGUCGACUUCUUCCUGGAGACAGACUCAUGUUUGUCAAUGACAUUAACCUGGAAAACAGCAGCCUUGAAGAGGCAGUGGAAGCCCUGAAGGGAGCGCCCUCAGGGAUGGUGCGGAUAGGAGUGGCCAAGCCUUUGCCUAUUUCACCAGAAGAAGGAUAUGUUUCUGCUAAGGAGGAUGCCUUUUUCUGCCCACCACCCUCCUGCAAGGAGCCAGGCCUGCCUGACAAAGCCCUCUUCAGGGCCGACUUGGCUAUGAUAGAUGCAGCUGAUGCUGAGUCAGGAGCUGAAUCAAGAUUUGAGUCUCCAUCAUCUCCCGAUAACGACAGUGUCUACUCUACGCAAGCUUCUGCCUUAUCUCUUCAUGAUAGUAGUUGUAGUGAUGUCAUGAACUACGGCCCCUCCCUCCCAUCAUCUCCUCCCAAGAAUGUGGCUGACAGUCCUGACCUAGUACUUGGCCUGCACUUGUCCCUGGAAGAGCUGUACACGCAGAACCUCCUGCAAAGACAGCAUGCUGGCUCUCCUUCCUCAGGCAUGGGCAGGGCAGCUACCCCUGACUUUGCCGUCAGCGACUACACAUCUGCAAAUGCUGCUGAACAAAACUAUGAAUGUGCGAACGCAGUAGCGUGGACUCACUCACAGUUACCAAAUGGCCUGCGCACCACAGAGCUUGCUCCUGCGCUGCCUGCUGUAGCUCAAAAGUAUUUAACUGAACAGAGUUCUCUGGCGUCUAAUGCUGAGUCUGGGACCCUGCAGAGUAUGUCCCAGGAAGGUUUUGAGAGGACAGUUACUAUCGCAAAAGGCAGCUCCAGUCUAGGAAUGACAGUAAGUGCUAAUAAAGAUGGCCUGGGAGUGAUUGUUCGAAGCAUUAUUCAUGGAGGUGCCAUUAGUAGAGAUGGCCGGAUUGCAGUUGGUGACUGCAUUUUAUCCAUUAAUGAAGAAUCAACCAUCAGUUUAACCAAUGCUCAGGCACGGGCCAUGCUGAGAAGACAUGCUCUAAUUGGACCUGACAUAAAAUUCUCCGCAGCACCUGCUGAUGAUCGAGCCCCCUUUUAUGUAAUUACUUAUGUGCCUGCAAAACAUUUGGAAGAGUUCAGAGUAAGCUUUGGUCAACAAUCUGAAGGAAUAAUGGCACUGGACAUUUUUUCUUCAUAUACUGGCAGAGACAUGCCAGAACUACCAGAGCGAGAAGAAGGAGAAGGGGAAGAAAGUGAACUGCAGAGUGCAGCCUACAGCAGCUGGAGUCAGCCUCUGCGGGUGGAACUUUGGAGAGAACCAAGCAAGUCCUUGGGCAUCAGCAUUGUUGGUGGUCGAGGGAUGGGGAGCCGGCUGAGCAAUGGUGAAGUGAUGAGGGGUAUUUUCAUCAAACAUGUUCUUGAAGAUAGUCCAGCGGGCAAAAAUGGAACCUUGAAGCCAGGAGACAGAAUAAUUGAGGUGGAUGGAAUGGACCUCAGAGAUGCAAGCCAUGAACAAGCUGUGGAAGCCAUUCGGAAAGCAGGCAACCCUGUAGUGUUUAUGGUACAGAGCAUUAUAAACAGACCAAGGAAAUCCCCCUUGCCUUCCUUGCCGCACAACCUUUACCCUAAGUACAGCUUCAGCAGCACUAACCCAUUUGCAGACUCUCUCCAGCUCACCACUGACAAGGAGUUACAGCAUUCAAGUACAGUCAUCUCCCAUUGUUCCCCAACUGACCCUUUUGCUCCCACAACAUUUAAGGCUCCCAACCAGUCAGAAUCUGAGUCAGAGAAGGUCGCAUUGUGCGAUGUUCCUGCCCCCUCUCCUUCAGAGAUGGGUAGUGAUUGUGUGCAGCCAUCUGCAGUCCUAGAAGAUGAUGACAAAGAGGAUGAGUUUGGUUACAGCUGGAAAAAUAUCCAAGAGCGUUAUGGAACUCUGACAGGCCAGCUCCACAUGAUUGAGCUGGAGAAAGGUCAUGGCGGUUUGGGCCUGAGUCUUGCUGGGAACAAAGAUCGAACCAGAAUGAGUGUGUUUAUAGUGGGGAUUGAUCCCAAUGGAGCAGCAGGGAGAGAUGGCCGACUACAGAUUGCCGAUGAGCUUUUAGAGAUCAAUGGCCAAAUAUUGUAUGGCAGAAGUCAUCAGAAUGCUUCAUCAAUCAUUAAAUGUGCUCCAUCUAAAGUAAAAAUUAUUUUUAUCAGAAAUGAAGAUGCAGUGAACCAGAUGGCUGUAUGUCCUGGAAAUACAGCAGACCCUUUGCCUUCAGCCUCAGAGAGUCCUCAAAAUAAGGAGGUGGAACCAAGUAUGGCAACUUCUGCUUCAGCUGUGGAUCUCAGCUCACUUACAAAUGUGUUCCACCUGGAGCUUCCCAAGGAUCAAGGAGGUUUGGGCAUUGCCAUCAGUGAGGAAGAAACACUCAAUGGAGUCAUCAUCAAGAGUCUAACUGAGCACGGGGGAGCAGCAAAGGAUGGAAGGCUCAAGGCUGGAGAUCAAAUAUUGGCUGUUGAUGAUGAACUUGUUGCUGGGUGUCCUAUUGAAAAGUUUAUCAGCCUUAUGAAGACAGCAAAGACAACUGUAAAGCUGACUGUUCGAACUGUGAAUCCAGGUUGCCAAGCUGUUCCUUUAGCAGUUGCUGCAGCCAAUGGAGAAAGGAAAGACAGCUCCCAGACUCCUGCAGUCCCAGCUCUGGACCUGGAACCCAUCCCAAAUACAAGCAGGUCAUCGACACCAGCAGUUUUUGCUUCUGACCCUGCCACCUGCCCCAUCAUCCCUGGCUGUGAAACAACAAUUGAGAUUUCCAAAGGACAAACAGGACUGGGACUGAGUAUUGUCGGGGGUUCAGACACAUUGCUGGGUGCUAUUAUUAUCCAUGAAGUUUAUGAAGAGGGAGCAGCAUGUAAAGAUGGAAGACUGUGGGCUGGAGACCAGAUUUUAGAGGUGAAUGGGAUUGACCUGAGAAAGGCUACACAUGAUGAAGCAAUCAAUGUCCUGAGACAGACUCCACAAAGAGUACGGCUGACGCUGUACAGGGAUGAGGCCCCAUACAAAGAGGAGGAUGUGUGUGAUACUUUCACCAUUGAGCUGCAGAAGAGGCCUGGCAAAGGCCUUGGGUUGAGUAUUGUUGGCAAAAGAAAUGACACUGGAGUAUUUGUAUCAGAUAUUGUCAAAGGAGGCAUUGCUGAUGCUGAUGGGAGACUGAUGCAGGGGGACCAGAUUUUAAUGGUGAAUGGAGAAGAUGUCCGCAAUGCCACCCAGGAAGCCGUCGCUGCCCUCCUAAAGUGUUCCCUAGGCACGGUAACUCUGGAAGUUGGAAGAAUCAAAGCUGGUCCGUUCCACUCAGAGCGGAGACCUUCUCAAAGCAGCCAGGUGAGUGACAGUAGCCUGUCAUCCUUCACUCUCCCACUUUCUGGAAUAAAUCCAUCAGAAUCAUUGGGAAGUAAUGCAAAGAAGAACGCAUUAGCAUCUGAAAUUCAGGGACUAAGAACCGUCGAAAUAAAAAAGGGGCCUGCUGACUCACUGGGAAUCAGCAUUGCUGGAGGAGUGGGCAGCCCACUUGGUGAUGUUCCUAUAUUUAUUGCAAUGAUGCACCCAAACGGUGUUGCAGCUCAAACACAGAAACUCAGAGUCGGAGAUAGGAUUGUCACCAUUUGUGGUACAUCCACUGAGGGGAUGACUCAUACACAAGCGGUUAACUUGAUGAAAAAUGCCUCUGGCUCCAUUGAAAUGCAGGUGGUUGCUGGAGGAGAUGUGAGUGUGGUCACAGGGCAUCAGCCAGAGCAUGCCAGUCCUUGUCUUGCUUUUACUGGGCUGGCAUCAAGCAGUAUAUUUCCGGAUGAUUUAGGACCUCCGCAGUGUAAGACCAUCACACUAGACCGAGGACCAGAUGGCUUAGGCUUCAGCAUUGUUGGAGGCUAUGGCAGCCCUCAUGGAGACUUACCAAUUUAUGUUAAAACAGUGUUUGCAAAGGGAGCAGCCGCAGAAGACGGCCGUCUAAAAAGGGGCGAUCAGAUCAUUGCUGUCAAUGGGCAGACUCUAGAAGGGGUAACCCAUGAAGAGGCAGUUGCCAUCCUUAAGCGGACAAAAGGCACUGUCACCCUCAUGGUUCUCUCUUGAACUGGCUGUCAGAACUGAACCAGCUCACCUCUUACUGUAACAGAGUGGAACUGCCAUAUGGACUUCCUAUGCUGUGUUCAUCGGGGGAAGAGGAACAUUUAGUGACUUGUUACUGACAACCAAACAUUUUUUCUUUCCCCUUGUAUUUCAUGGGUCCUAAACUCCGAGAAGGAAUUUUUGUAUAAGUCAACCUCAACUUAUAUUUUGAAGAUAUCUAACAAUUUAUUGUCACAUGGACAAAAUUUUCAUAUGCUCAUCUUGUUAGUAUGGAAACAAGAUAAUUCAAAACUAACCAAAAGAAAUAGCUUCAGAAAAUUAGGAUUAAAAAGUGAAAAUUUAUGAAGAAGAAGAAGAGGAAGAAGAAGAGAAGGAGGAAAUAGUAGUAGUCGUCUUGAGUUUUAUAGAAGUGCUCCAAUCCAGCAGUCCAAAAAAAAAAAAAAACUCACAAUAAUUUUUAAUAGUCUAAUGUUUUAAAAUUGCGAACAUUGCAGCAUAUUGGGUGUGCUUCCCUGUAAUGUAUAUUUUUUUCUGCUAAAAUUUUUAGCAGUCUUCUUAAGCUUUAAAAAGAAACUGCGUUUAAUGCAUAUCUUGGUGUUCAUUUUCAGGUUUUGACCUGCUAUGUUUCAUGUUGUUUCAUGUUUCUUCAUGUUUCAUGAAGUAACAUAAUGAUACUAUGCUGUGUUGGCUGCAGUUAUUUUAGAAAACAGCUAUCUAACCAUGGAAGACAUAGGAGGAGCCCAGAACCUUCUAAUGCUGAUUUAACAGGCUGGUACAACAUUGAAAAUAUGUUAGUGUACUGUGUAUUGUUUUUCCAUUAGUAUUAAUCUUAAUGGCAUAGAAAGACGCAAUUGGUUAGUAAUUGUUUGGGUUGUAUGCCAUUAAUAAAUUGACAGAAAAAUUAAGGGGGUUAAUGUAACUUCAUUUCAUUGCCUUAUAUUAACAUCUCAUAAUAUAAUAGUUUAAGACUAAGGGAAACAGAUGGAGCUGUUUACUGAGACAACUGGUGAGGAAUCAUCAUGUGUUCAAUUUCUUUUUAGAGCGUGAAACUCCUACAUUAGAAUAUAUAAAGUCACUUUAAAUAUUAUCUAUAUUUGUACCAGAAGUAGUGUACAUAUCUUUUAUUAUAGCAUUCUUGUGCAAAUGCAGAACUAAAGUGAAUAAAUAAGUUUCUGUGGUGUACAACAAACAA